AUGUCUCCUCAGUGUGAGAGCGUGCAGCUGAUGCUGGAGGCUCUGGGGGCCCAGCGGGGGGCCCUGCCCCCUCAGGUGGAGGGUCUGGAGGGUCUGGGGGGUCUGGAGGGUCUGCAGCAGGACGUGGGCCGGCUGCAGGUCUGGGCCUCGGGGCUGACGGAGAGACGAGCUCAGCUCCAGAGCAGCCUGGCGGCGCUGAGGAACGCCGUGGGACAGAUAGAGGAGAGAACCUCCGCCAUCACCAAGGACUUCAGCAACAAGGUGGCGUCGGUGAGGACGGAUGUGCGGCGGAUGGAGGGGCUGCAGGCGGAGCUGGAGGCUCUGGUCUCUCAGGUGGAGCAGCUGGAGGAGAAAGCCUCUCAGGUGGAGCACGACAUGGUGAAACGCAUCGGGGACGUGCUGGCCAACAGCAUCGACAGAGUCUCAAAUCUCCGAGCUGCGUCCGAACGCAACACCGAGGCCAUCCAGAAGCUGCGUACCCGCCUCCCCGAGCUCUCCGCCGCCCACCAGCUGAUGUCUGAGCGGCUGGCGGAGCUGGAGAGCAGCAGAGCUCGCCUCAUCAGGACCGCCAGCUUCGCCAGCGACCUGAAACCUAAAGUUGCUGCUAUUAAAAGAGACUUUGCAGCGUUUGAGCCUCAGCUGUCAGAUCUGACUCUGAGGAUAGGAAGACUGGCCGAGGAGCUCCUGGAGAGAGAGGAGGAGGUCAGAGAGCUGAGACUCUCGCUGGAGAACCUCACGGCCGUGGAGGGAGAUCUGAGUAGAACAAGUCAACAGAUUAAUGAGAUAACUGAUAGAACUGAUAGAACUGAAAUAAAUGAAAUAACUGAUAUUACUGAGACUCAGCAGACAACAUGAACA